UUUUUUCGCAAAUAUUCUUUUUCGCACCCGUAGAUUACAUUUCUCUCUCUCUCGACAAAGCUUGAGAUUUAAUGAAGGUUUAACAAAUGAGACGACGUCCUUCUCGAGCGAAAACUAGGGGCGGUGGUUCGGACAAACGAAAGGUCAAUCGUUCCAAGUUAAUAAAGUCGACAAACACUCUCGUGUCGUCGAGAAAUUCUUCGCCCGAUUACGUUUACAAUCGCGCGCGUAAAAUUAUAUUGAGAAUGAUAGAUUGCUUAUAUAUAUACGAGUGAAAAUUGAAAGCGUCAACGAUAAAGCGUUAUCUGCAAUGGCUAUAUCUCGCGGUACAUCCUGUAGGAACUAACAAGGAUACCGUCACUCGCGUUGAUAUCACCACUGCUAUAGAAUAGAUAUUUUUUCGAUGGAAAAUUUACUUUCAGGCUUGUCCAGGUACGACAACAAUAUGGAAAUGGAUAUCAAGGUGAAUGAUAUAUUGCGAGAAGUGAUAGCGUUUCUGGAAUGCCUUCGCGACGCGCAGCUUCCGCUCACGCUCGAGAGCCUGCGGGAGAAGCUGUUGGUACGGUCGAAAAACACCCUGAUGGCUCGACCGUCGUCCCCGGAGCCGUACUUGGACAUGAAGUCAGGCCCGAGAAGCCUAUUACUGACGAGGAGCCAAGCCGAUUCGGAGGAAUACGUAGGAAUGGAAGAGUCUCAGAGGCAUUCUCGCGCGCACACCCACCAGGAUUACUACGAGACCUUCGGAAACGAGAACCAGCCGGCGAGCGCGUCGGGCAUCGGGAACGAUCGUCCCGAGGGAAACGAGGAGGAGCAGAUGCUGAUCGGGAUUUACAAGAAUCUAUCGGCGACGCAAGUAAGAAGCAAGUGCUACAAAUGCGGUUCGCUCUACAGGAAGGAAGGCAAGAAAUUAUUUUUAUCUGAAAGUCGUGCCUGCUGGAUGGCACUGGUUGGCUCGCAUCUGCUCAUCUAUCGAAGCGACCGGCACAAUCGUCCGUACGCGAUCUAUCCGAUUCGGGGUUACAUGGCCCGUGCGGCGCCGAAUAUCAUCCCUCGUGACCGACGAAAGAGCGAAUCGGCCUUUGAGAUGUACCGCCCUGGAAACGAAACGUUGCAGUUUAUCGCGAGGGGGCCCAAGGACAUGGAGCAGUGGAUAGCCAAGAUCUCCGACGUGGGAUGCGAGAUGGGGAGCGUAGGGAGCAAGAAAGAGCAAGACUGCGAGGACGAGAGGCCGAAGAGGCAUGCUAUCACCACUGUCGAAUCCUCGGUCGACGAGUCAAAGGCCGAGUCGGCGAGUAAGGAGGGCAAAGUCGGGCAAAGAAGAGCCACAGGCGGAAAAGCACCUCCACUACCGGCCCGAAUACCACGGAGGCUGCCCUCUUUGCCUCCCGCGGACCCUCGCGCGAGGCUCGACGACGACGACGACGGCGACGACGACGAUAUCUAUCACAGAAUCGAAGACUUGAGAAACGGAGACUUGAAGACGCGUUAUCAAAAUAUGGUAUUGUCGAAAAAACAGCGGGCUGACGCUGCGGCCGAUCAGAGGCAGCAGGAAGAGGAGGAGGCUUACGACGACGUUGCGCCUAAGAAACGGAACGAGAGAAACGAGAAGACGGAAGGGCAGGAGGAUGUCGUUGCGAGAGACGCGACGUCGUUUCAACAGACGUACGACGAUAUCGGUACACUUUCGCGAAUCGAUGGCGAGGCAGGAGAAGAGUUUUACGACGACGUGCAAAACUUGAUUCCAAACAGAAGAUUCGCCAAAGAUGACGUCAAGGAUCAGAUCGAAACGAGCAAGCUUGAGAAAAAGUCCUUUCUGGAUAGAGUUUUGAGUAGAAGAGACUCUCCCGAGAAAUCGGGCAAGAGGCAGCGCCACAAGGGCAAGGUCGAUAACGACGACGCGUCCGAUUUGGAAUUGCCCGAGUAUAAUUGUCUGCCACCACCUAGGCCAAUUUACCAAGUCAAACUGUCCGAGCAGACUCAAGAGUUUUACGACGACGUUCAAGAACGACGUGAUAAAGACGAUCAGCAAAUCAUCUCACCGUUGGAUACAUGCUGUAACUCGGAAACGGAGGCCAACCGAGACGAGCUGGAGCAUUAUCAGUUACCAAGGAGCGACUCGUGCGUUUGCGACGCUACGGAGGUGGAGCAGGACGAGCAAUUGUACGACGACAUAGCAUUGUGGGCCGACUUUACGGCGCGACAAAGAGACGUUCUCGAAAAGAGGGACAAGAAGACUUGGAAUCGAUUUGCUGCAAACAGAAAGUCACGAGUCACGAGCGAUUUAAACAACGACGACGUCGGCGGGGCCGACGAGACCGAGGAUUCGCCCGAGAGUAAUGGGGCGGUGAAAAGGAACACUUUUCAAAAGUUGAUCAGCAGAAUGGAAAAUUCUCUCGCCAAGGUUUCCGCGAGAAGCCCCUCUUCGCUGUCGGCGGGCAAGCCAAAUGUGUCGUCGAGCUCCCAAGUAUAGCUCUUAUUACAUCUGUUACCUACCUAGACUAAUUGUAACGCAAAUGCCAUUUGUAAACGCAACCGAAUAAAAUGGAAGAAAUUAAAUCCUA